ACAUUAAUUAGGUGUAAUUUCAUGUAACAACUGUCGAGUUAUCACUCAAACGCACACAAUACGUUCGAUAGUCAUGUAAAUAACUCAGUAUCCUAGCCAAUCCAAGCUCAAGCUGAAGAAUUAGGUUAUAAUUUAUUCGUGCACCUCAGACGUCAAAUUUCUUCGCUGUCGACAGAUGCGCAGUUCAUUCUUCAUCGUGUAGGUGAACAAGUAUAAUACCAAUACACCAGUGAGAAGAAGAUGGCGAGCGAAUAAAACGUGCGUUUCCUGUUACGUGCGCGCACGAGGACCGAUCCUGCACGAAGCAGUCACUCGGCAGCCAGCAGGACGCACGGUGGACGGUGGAGCAGACGCUCGCAUAUGUUUUCGGUUCUUUGUUUAUAAAUAAUCCGCCGUGCGCGCGGGCGACAUCCGAAAUGACGAGCGCGGCGAACACAUAUUGUGUGCACAUGUACGGACGUGUACACGUACGCUCGCUCCGCUCGAUAUAAAUAAUUUCGUGUUAUAAAUUAAUUUCGCACUAAAAUAGAUAAAAUGUGGUCCACUUUGGAACCGGGGAGUUCUCCAGUGGACUGGUGUGAAGAAAACUAUACAUUUUCACCGAUGAUUGCUGAAUUUGUCAAUACUAUAAGCAAUGUGUUGUUUUUCAUCCUGCCACCGGUGUUAAUGCACCUGUUCCGUGGCUAUGGACAAAUUAUCAAUCCAGCAAUACAUGUCAUCUGGGUAUUACUCAUCGUCGUCGGAUUAUCAUCAGCGUACUUCCACGCGACACUCAGUCUGGUUGGACAAUUACUCGAUGAACUUGCGAUUUUAUGGGUGUUUUUCGCUGCGUUCUCCAUGUUCUUCCCACGGCGAUUAUUCCCGACGUUUUUACACAAUGACAGGAAACUGUUUAGUUUGGGUGCUGUUUUUCUAGCAAUGAUUGGCACAGUCUUGGCCAUCAUCCAACCAGCAGUGAAUGCAUUUGCAUUGAUGACUCUAGGCAUCCCGUCAGUCAUUUUACUCAUUCACGAAGUCCGCCGAGCGAAUAACGAACGCAUACAUCGUCUUGGCAUACGCUGCGCAUCCGCAUGGUGUAUUGCAGUUUUCUGCUGGGUAAACGAUAGACUUUUAUGCGAGGCAUGGUCCUCCAUACAAUUCCCAUAUCUCCACGGCCUCUGGCAUAUCUUUAUCUUCAUCGCAUCAUAUACCGCGUGCGUAUUAUUCGCGUAUUUCGCCGUGCGUGAAGAACGACCUGAAAAACGCGCUGUAUUACGAUACUGGCCACGGAAUGACUUUGAAUUAGGCAUACCUUAUGUUCUGAUCAAGACUCGUCCGGACGAUGACAUUCUAUAAUCCUAUAGAUCUCUACUUUGUAUACCCCCAACCUUAUUUGCUCUCCUAGUAUGAACGGAACUGACCGAACUGACCCUGUGAUGGUAAUGUGAUAAAUUGUCCUCACUUUCAUGUAGACGUGGACGCCUAGGACAUUGAAACUCUUUCAAAACUCUGAGAAACAUGACCCGAUCUGAUUAAUAUUGAUGUGAAACAAAUAUAACUUGAGAAUACUUUGUUUAGAGUAAAUUUACGGUGUGUAUAUUGCACUCGGCUAUAUAUACUAUGUCUAUACAUGUACCUAUUGUAUUGUAUGUACUUUUGUGAGAGAAUAAAUGCCAAAUGACUUUUCA